GCAGUUCAUUGUCUUCCACGUGUGGAUAGAAGGAGGCUUUCUCGCAAAUAUUCGUUUUUAUUGGUUAUAUUACACACUAUGUUUUGACAGUUUUUUCCUGCUUGUUACCUGGAACAACACUGCAUCUAUAAUGAAUAUGUCACGUUAAUAUUCAUCUGCUUUUAUCGUAAUAUUAGGCUGCUGUAUUCUGAUGUAACUUUACAAAUGAAAACAACAACACGCUCAUAAACAAGCCGGAUUUAAUUACAAAAAUGGACAAAAAACUGAACAAAAUGCCUAAAUCAACAAAGAGAGCCGCCAAACUGGAGCCUCAGAGUUCUGAUGAUGAAGAGGACGAGUUAGAGAUGGAAAGAAAUUUUGCUCUACUCAGUAAAAAAAGAAUGAAUCAAGCUCCAGCAGAGGAUGAGGAGGAUAUGAGAGAUGAAGGUGAAUCUGCAGAGGAAGAAGAUGAGGCUCCUGAAGAGGUUGAGGAAGAUGAUGCAGCGAGUGAUGAAGACGAGUCUGAUAGUGAACAUGAAGAUGAAGGAAACAGCAAGACACAGUCACACAUGGAGGGAAACAUUAAAAAAGAAUUAUCAACCAUGUCGUUUGAGGAGAUCAUGGCGCUUCAGAAUAAAGUCGGGACCAAAGUGUACAAUAAAAUUGCUUAUGGAGACACAAAGCAGAAGAAGAAAAAUGAGCCCAUGAAACGACUAAAUAAACACAGACCUCAAGAGAUUUCUUCAAAGCAACGCGUGCCUUUUCUACGAAAAGUGGUUCCUGUAAAGAAAAUGAUUUCAAGAGACCCUCGCUUUGAUGACCUCUCAGGAGAAUACAAACCUGAAAUCUUUAAUCAGACAUAUAAAUUUAUCAAGAACAUCCAAGAAAAGGAAGCGCAGGAGGUGAGAAAGCAACUCAAGAAAACCAAAUCAAAAGCUAAACAAGAAGAACUGAAAGCAUUGCUCAGGAGAAUGGACAACCAGCAGAGGGCCCGACAGAGACAAGAACAGGAGAGAGAAAAGGAGCUGGAAUUCAAGCGUAAACAGAGAGAGCUGGUCGGCCAAGGACACAAACCUUUCUACCUGAAGAAAUCUGACAAGAAGAAGCUGGAGUUGGCGGAGAAGUACAGUGAGCUUAAAAAGAGUGGAAAACUGGAGAACUUCUUGAGUAAGAAGAGGAAACGCAACGCCACAAAGGAUCGCAGAAAGUUGCCCAGUAAGCACAAGACGCGUUAAACACGGACCAAUCAUGGCUUACCUGUUGCACCUAUAUUUGUCUAAAUGUUAUAUGAUGUGGAAAGAUGUUUGCUGAAAAGUUGAUUCUGCCGGACUGGACAGUGUGGUUUGAGGCUUAUAUUACAUCCUACAGUUGUACAAAACUGGGUAAAGAUGUUAUUUGUUAAUAAACUUGUCAUAUUGU